GUGAAUAUUAUCAAUGACACUUAAAUAGGAAAAAGGGGCCAGUUUCCGCCAGUGGAAACGCUCAUGGGAACUUCCUAUCACCAGCCACCCGCUGUGUCCUCAGGCCGCCACAUUUGUUUGACUUUCUGUCCGUGUUGACCGGGGUUCCCAGGACAGUCUGUGUGUUGGACAGAAGUGCCUCACAUGCAGUAUAAAUACAAGAUGGGUUUCAGUUCAAGCUUAAGCAUACAAUUACAGAUUCCUCAUCGGUCAUGAGGAGGCUGCUGGUUCUUGCUUUCGUGGUAGCUAGAGUCUAUGGGUGUGGUCGUCCCACCUUCCCUCCGGUGCUGAACAGGGUGGUGGCCGGAGAGGACGUCAGGCCUCACAGCUGGCCCUGGCAGGUCUCCCUCCAGUCAGACAGCAGUGGGCGCUGGAGUCACGUCUGUGGGGGAACCCUCAUCUCCUCUGAGUGGGUUCUCUCUGCUGCACACUGCAUCAAUGACCGCUACAACUACAGAGUGGAGCUGGGCAAACACAGCCUGAAGGUGACUGAGGAGGACUCGAUAGCUUCGGAGGCGGCUACAGUCAUCAGUCAUGAGGACUACAAUGUUCUCCUGAGCAGAAACGACAUCGCCCUGAUUAAGCUGUCUUCCUCCGUCACCUUUUCCAACACAAUCAUGGCCGCCUGCCUUCCAGAGCAGGACGUCAUCCUGCCCCACGGUGCCCAGUGCUACGUCACCGGCUGGGGUCGACUCUCCACAAGUGGUGCUCCGGCUGACAUCCUGCAGCAGGCUCUCCUGCCUGUAGUCGGACACGAUAUCUGCUCGCAGUCCGACUGGUGGAGCGUCCUGGCGACAGAAAAGAUGGUGUGUGCUGGAGGGGAUGGCAUCACUGCUGGCUGUAAUGGAGACUCCGGUGGCCCGCUGAACUGCCAGAACCCUGAUGGCUCCUGGGACGUCCAUGGCGUGGUGAGUUUUGGCUCUGGUCAGGGCUGCAAUGUGUUCCAGAAGCCCACCGUCUUCACAAAAGUCAGCUCCUACAUCAACUGGAUCAACUGGGUCAUGACCAACAACUGAAACGGCUAUUCAAGUGACUUUAUCAGCAAUUAGAAAAACUGUGCUUUAAAAGUAAACAUGUCUAUCAGUUGUCAACAUAAAAGCAUCCAGCAGUUUCUCUUACCUUCAAAUUUCAAAAAACAUGAGUGACUUUUUGACCAAGAACUGGUAACAAAGUU